GACCAACCUGUUUCAAAAUUCAAAAAAAUAAUUCUAUCUUUCAAUAAUUCAUCUGAAUACCUUUCUCAGCUCUUCCUCUCCAAUAAUUUAUAGCCUUCUGUCUCUAUUUUCACUAUUAUAUUCAAUGCCAAACACAAUUCCCUCUCAGUUCUCAAUAGUUUUUCUUUUUUAACUAUUAUUAUUCUCUAACUAGUCCACUCCCAUUUAAGACCCAUAUAUUAUUAUUAUUAUUAUUAUUUUACUGCCAUGCAUCAUGGCUUGUCAUGAAGUUUGAUGUUUCUACUUCCAAUUGAGAGACGGUGACCUUUGUCUUUUGCUCCUUUUCUUCACCUCUCAGGCCCAUGAAUUCUUGCUUUCAUUGCAUGUACAUUGUGUGGUUCUUUCAUUACCAGAAAAGCCACUUGAGGGAAACCAACUUUUUGUUCUACACAUGAUCCAUGGCUAAUUAAUUUCAUUCUCACAUCACAAAAUCUAGUUGCUUUUUGGUCUAUUAACUACCUUUCUCUACAGUUUCUUCACUACUGAUCUACAUGGGAAAAUGGGUCUUGAUUCUUCAUCUCAUCUCUUCAUGAGUUUUCUUUGGGUUUGAUCUGCUCAGCUUUUGGUUUUUCCAAUAAAAUUUUACAUAUUUUCAGCAAUUUCUCUCUCUUUUCGAUCCCCUCAUUUGAUUUGAUUUUAGUUUAUAAUUAUUGGUGAUCGGAUUGGUUUUCACAAUAUAUAUGAGGAGACUGUGUGGGUCAGAUUAGCUUCUUUGAUUAGUUUUUCCAAGAGGAAAGAAGAUUGGUAGACAUGGGUAAGCUCAGUUUUGGUAAGGUUUGGGAUUGCCUUUGUCUGAGUUCAGGUUCAUCAAGCUCUUGUUUUUGCUUGAAUUCCUUGGAAAAUGAAGAUUACGUGUUUGAAAAAAGACCUCUGAUAGCAAGUGACAAAGGGCAGGUUCUCAGAAUGAAAGAUGUUGUUUCUGAUACUCAGACCUUGGCCUUUCAACUCAAACCCAAGAUGGUGGUGUUAAAGGUGUCUAUGCACUGCCAUGGCUGUGCAAGGAAGGUGGAGAAACAUGUUUCAAAAUUGGAAGGAAUGACCUCAUACAAAGUUGAUCUGGAAAGCAAGAUGGUGGUUGUUAUUGGAGACAUUAUUCCUUUUGAAGUGCUAGAAAGUGUAUCCAAGGUGAAAUAUGCUGAGAUUUGGAAUUCUCCAUUCUGAUAAUAAUAAUUUAUUUUUAAAAAAUAUUUAUAUAUAUAAAUAAUAUUUUUUAUAUUUAUUUAUUAUAAGAACUCCAUUAGUUAUGUAUAUGUACAUAUACCAAGAAUGCAUUACAUGCUUAGCAAGUUUUCCAUCUACUGUGUAACAUGUAUGCUUUUGUUAAUUAUUCCAUCUAUUUUGUGU